AUGGAGAUUUCUUUUUGGAAUCAUGUAUGGUUAGGGGAUACAACUCUUAGAGAGGAGUACCCACGGCUAUACUUAAUUUCUUCCCAAAAAGAUGCCGUGAUUAAUGUGAUGCGGGGUGGAGCCAAUGAAGGUUGCUGGAAUCUGACAUUUACCAGAAGUUUACGUGAUUGGGAAAACAUUCAAGUGGAGGAUCUAAAACGGAGAUUGCAACUUGUAAUACUAGAUUUGGCUAGGCCAGAUUCAGUGCUUUGGAAAUGGUCAUCGGAUAAUCGAUUCUCAGUAAAAUCUGUGUAUAAUCAAUGGGAGAACGGUGGUCAUACUAGGAGUCCGGUGACGGAAGCCAUUUGGAAGAAUGUAUGCCCCCCAAAGGUGGAAAUUUUCGCUUGGAUGGCUAUCCAAUCCAAGGUGGCUACUAGAACCGUAUUAUUAGGUCGAAAUCUGCUACCGGAGGGGCAAUCUGUGCUAUGCCCAUUUUGCUCGCUGUACUUGGAAUCACCUUAUCAUUUAUUCUUGCAUUGCCAUUUUUCUUGGGACGUUUGGUCGAGGAUUCUGGGUUGGUGGCAUGUAAAGUGGGUAUGCCCUGUAUCUGUUGAAGAUCUAUUUAUUUUGUGGGAUGAUAGUAGUUUCAGAAAUUUGGAUAAACACCUGUGGGAAGCCAAUUUUUAUGCAACUUUGUGGUCAUUGUGGCUGGUUAGAAAUUCGUAUGUUUUCAAUAAUGCUACAACAAGUUCUGGGGAAGUGGUUGAUUUGAUUAAAACUAGAGUUGCAAUGUGGGUAAAGGCAAAAUUCGACAUAAAGGUGUAUUCGGUGGAGGAUUUUAGGAUUUUUCUGGAUGGAGUUAGGGUGUUGAAACUCUGGGCCUCCGGAGUCAUGUGCCUAGUGGUCGGAGCAAUGGUCACCUUCUACUCUUACAACUUGAUUUCAUUGGUUCUGGAGCACCACGCCGAGUUCGGUCAUCAGCACCUCCGCUUCUGUGACAUGGCUCAUGACAUUUGCUCAUAA